CGGACACGCAUGCUCUGUAAAGGACAGCGAGACAGAAUAAACGAAAGGCGAAAUUCAUAUAAACCGUCUUUCUUUAUCUCUGGCAAUAUGAGCGAUUGCGCAUGCUCGCUGUUAGGAUAUGGAAAAGACGAAUUUGGGUCUGGCUGGCCGGUUCCAACGCGCAUGGUCAGUGUUUCGGGCUGAUUGAUGUCGCUUUUAUGCGCGUCCGGGAGCCCUGGCUCGGUUCGCAUUUUGCUGGGAGUGCAGCGGGCACAACUUCGGGUGCGAUAUCGGUCGAUUGGGAAAUAUCGGACCUAAGUCGAAAUUUAACAAAGAGAAACAUAGAAUGUCGGCAAAUAAAGCCAAGAAAGUGAAAAUGGCCACCAAAUCAUGCCCCGAAUGUGAUCAACAGAUCCCAGUAGCUUGCAAAUCAUGCCCCUGCGGAUUUGUCUUCAUUAGUCGAAAACUGCUAAACGCAAAAUUAACCGAGAGGGCAUCUCCAGCUAUAGACAAGUUUGACCCUAAGAGGAGGAGGACAGAGCGAAUCCGCAGGGAGAAAAUGAACUCUGCGGCGCCCAUCGACAUGGAGAAUAGGAGGCGAUCCCGGUCCAACAGCCAGUCCGAGCAGAUCCGCAGGGGUCGCGGACGGCCGAAGACAGUCACGCUUAAGAAGCAGGAGGAGGAGAAGGAAAAACAGGACAAAGAGGUGGACAUAUACGCCAAUCUCUCGGAUGAGAAGGCUUUCGUGUUUUCUGUGGCACUGGCUGAGAUCAACAGAAAAAUCCUGGGCCAGAGACUCGUCUUAUAACCGGGAGCCACUCCGGGACAAAACACAGGAUCAGCAUUCCAGGGACUUACGGCAAACUGCGUAGGACCUGAUGGGGUGAACUGUGACCCCCGAAGUGCUUGGGAUGGUUCGGAAUAUUCCUCUGAUAGAUUUAUCUAAGGCUUGGGCAUGAUCCAGGAACUGAAACACACCUGGUUCGCAUGUCUGGAUGAUGUAGAGUAAUUAUAUUUUCAGAAUCUUAACUGACUUUUAUCAAACGGUUCACUGUCUGGAAAGUGUAAAAAUUCUAAAAUGUAUGUUAUAUUCAAAUUAAGCAUAGUGUACAUAUUGUGAAUUCCUCACUGCACCAAAUGGAUGAGUUGGUUAUAAUGGAGGCAAAUGUGGUUCUGUAAUGGGUGGGGAGGGGUGCAAGGGGAAUUGUGGGUAGGAACUCUGGUACUGUAAGUGCAGCUUCAGAAUCGCUCAAAUACAAAAUGAUCUUUUGUUUAUACGCAAAUGAGCUGUAAUACUUGAUGGAUGCCAUGGCGUCACAGCAGGAUUCUGCGCUGCAUGCCUUGCAAAUUGUAUUUAUUGUACUCUCUUAAUUUAAUAACAUAUUUUAUUAAUUUUUUUUGGCGACUCUUUACACUGUAUACAUUAAAGUUUUGAAUAUUCGCCGUGUUGUUCAAAUAAACUGAAUGUUACACUGC